AUGGUGGCACCCGUUUAUGUAAAAGGUGGUGUAUGGUCAAAUCUAGAAGAUCAAAUUUUGAAGGCUGCAGUAUCUAAAUAUGGCACUCAUCAAUGGAGCAAGAUUGCAUCUCUUUUACAUAAAAAAUCGUCCAGACAAUGUGAGAUUAGAUGGAAUGAGUAUUUGAAACCAAGUUUAAAUUUUAAUCAGUUUAGUAAAGAUGAAGAUUUGAAAUUAUUGAGUUUGGCUAGAAGGUUGCCAAACCAAUGGAGGACAAUAUCUACGCUAAUGAAUCGUCCGGCUCAAACUUGUAUUGAAAGAUACUAUAAAUUGAUGCUUAAUAAUGGUGGAUCAGCAAAUAACAAACAACUUAAACAAGAGACUACUCAUCUACCAUCAACAACAUUGAAAAUUGGUGAGAUCAAUCCCCAAGCAGAGACACAAGUUGCCAUACCCGAUAAAGAUGUAUUAGAUGAUGAGGAAAGAGAAAUGCUAGCAGAAGCACAAGCCAGACUACUUGCCACACAAGGUAAAAAAGCUCAACGGAAGGUCCGUGAGAGGAUGUUAGAAGAAUCAAAAAGAAUUGCUUUUUUGCAAAGAAGACGUGAAUUAAAGCAAUCCGGUAUCUCUACUAAAAUGAAACAUGGAAAGAAAAAAUAUUCAUCUGAAAUUAAUUAUAAUUUAGAAAUACCUUAUGAACAAGAACCAUUACCUGGUAUAUAUGAUACUUCAAUGGAAAUAGAACGAUCUAUAAAAGAGUUGGUAAAAUUUGAAAAUAUGAUAGAAAGAAAGGGGCUAAGAGAAAAAGAAACUAAAGAGGCUAACGAAGAAAUAACCAAAAAGAAAAGAAAAAAAGAUAACAAGGAGCGAAAUGAAAGUAAAACUGAGCAAAGUAUUUCUACAAUACAUCCAAAAAUAAUGACAAGAGAAAAAUUAAUUUUGUCCAAACCUGAGGCUAGGGAUAUUGCUCCUAAUAGUACAUUGAUAUCAGAUAAACAAAAUGAAGUCAUAAAUAAUAAACAAAUUGGAUCUAUAUUAGACCACAAGCAAGACAAUGAUAAUAUUCCUGAUGAGACUCGUGAUUUUUCAAUAUUAAAAGAAGACGAACCGUUAAAUGUUACCAUACAUCAUGAUACAGAAUUUGAUAAAUUUAUGAGAAAAAGACAAUUAAUACAGUUGUUUACAAUGUUACCACCACCAAAAAAUGAUUAUGAACUAGUAAUAAGUGAUGAAGAAAAUGAUAAUAACAUAGCGGAAGAAGACAGAGGGAAAGAAAGCAAUGAAGAGGAAGUUCAGAAAGAAGGUACAGAUGAACAUGUUAACAAAAAUAGAUCUGAUACUAAAGAAGAGUACUCAAAUGAUAAAAUUGUAGUUCCUUUAACUAGUAUGAUUCACGAGAACUUACCAGUUGCGUCAUUCAAAAUUGACCCAAAGGAUGAUUAUGACAUUAUGUAUAAUAAAAUAUUAUUAAAGUCCAUGAAACAAGAAGAUUAUGAGAUAACUCCAGAAGAAUAUUUAAAUUACAUGAAUGUUGAAGAAGAGAUAAAAAAACUGAUAGCAAAAGAUGGAAGUAAGAAAUUAAGUUCAUAUUUAAAAGAGAUUAAUGAUACUCUGAAUGAUAGCAAUUUUACAGAUGUUGUUAAAUUGCAAAAAGAUAUAGUAGACAAAAGAGAACAGAUAAAAAUGUUACAGUCUAAUUUAUCAUAUAUUGAACCUCUUAUCAAGCAAAACAAUUACAUUUCGAAAGAGUUAUGCACUAAUAAAUUACCAUAUUUACAAAGACUUCAAAAAGAGUAUUUUGUCAAAUACAGAAUAUAUCGUAAUCGCUCUAGAAGUAUAAACCAAGAAAUGAACAAAAAGAAGAAAAAAUAA